AUGACGCUCACAACUCCUGAAACUAAUGCCUACGCCAGCAACAUCCUCUCCCUCAUUCGUCAGCUUCUCGGAGCCUCCCUCUGGGAAAUAUACAAGCACUUCGCCCUAGAAAUCCUCGAAGGAAGCAGGCAUUCAACUUAUCUCAAGUACGCAUCGGACGUUCUAGUGGACCUCAUUCAGAACCGGCCUGCUGUUGUUCUUCUGCAUAAUGAUCUAGCUCUCCAGAUUCAUUCUGCGCGAGACACCGAUCUCCCAUCACUGGAUAUGCCCAUUGGCGUAUCUAUGGAGGUCGUGGAAUCGUACUUCGAGAUGUGCCAUCGGUACUUCGGAGCAGGUGCGCAAGUUAGCGAGGAGGUGGAUGCUAAUUUGGCGUAUGAGAUGGACCUGGAUCUGGAAGAAGUAGACGAGGCCGAAAUUGCUCGACGGGAAGCAAUCCGCUUUUUGUCCGAGGACUCGAAGUUGAAGCAAGAGAGGCAGAAGGCCAUGGACGGCUUGCUGAACGCCAUGACCUCCCUGGGUCUUUAA